AUGACAAAUCAAAGUUUUGCUACAUCUUUUUUCAGUUUGGAAGAGGCGAAGGAAGCUGCACUGCACCAUUACAGUAAAAGCUUUAGAGGUUUCUCAGCCAUGCUUACACCAGAACAAGCUAAAAAAUUUGCAGAGAGCGACUGGAUUGUUUCUGUGUUCGAAAGCAGGAUGAAUAAGGUUCAUACCACACGUACAUGGGAUUUUCUAGGACUAGACUCCAUUGAACAAUAUAAGCAGCUUCAGUUGGAAUUGUCAUCCAACGUUAUUGUUGGUGUAAUCGACACUGGAAUUUGGCCUGAAUCAGAGAGCUUUAGCGAUGAAGGAUUGGGUCCAGUGCCUGGAAAAUUCAAGGGAGAAUGCGUACCCGGAGAACAGUUUGCAUUGUCUAACUGCAAUAG